UCCCGGCGUGACCUCGGGGUGCGCUGGUCUGGAGCGGCGAGCGGGCGGAUUUAUGUGCCGGGAGUGGGGCCGAGCUGGACGGCAGCGGCGGCUGGCGGGGCCGACGCGGGCAUCAUGGGUGUGAUAAGUGUACAGUUGGUGGUUACCAUGGUAAUGGCUAGUGUCAUACAGAAGAUCAUACCUCACUAUUCUCUUGCUCGUUGGCUUCUCUGUAGUGGCAGCUUACGGUGGUAUCAACAUCCCACUGAAGAAGAACUGCGGAUUCUUGCAGGGAAGCAAAGAGGAAAAAGUAAAAAAGAUAGAAAAUAUAAUGGUCAUAUUGAAAACAAACCCUUAACCAUUCCAAAAGAUAUUGAUCUUCAUCUGGAAACAAAAUCUGUAACAGAAAGGGACACUGUUGCAUUGCAUUACUUUCCAGAAUAUCAGUGGUUGGUGGAUUUCACUGUUGCAGCUACAGUAGUGUAUGUGGUGACAGAAGCCUAUUACAGCAUUAUGAAGCCCUCACAAGAAAUGAAUAUCAGCAUAGUGUGGUGUCUGCUUGUCUUGGCUUUUGCAGUUAAGGUACUGUUUUCAUUGACUACUCACUAUUUCAAAGUUGAGGAUGGAGGUGAAAGAUCAGUCUGUGUCACCUUUGGUUUUUUCUUCUUUGUGAAAGCCAUGGCAAUACUUAUUGUGACAGAAAACUAUCUAGAGUUUGGAUUGGAAUCAGGAUUCUCAAAUUUCUCAGAAAGUGCUAUGCAGUUUCUUGAAAAACAAGGUUUGGAAUCCCAGGGUCCUGUGUCUAAACUAACCUUCAAAUUGUUCCUGGCUGUUCUGUGUUCACUUAUUGGUGCUUUUUUGACAUUCCCUGGCUUGCGACUGGCUCAAAUGCAUCUGGAUGCUCUGAAUUUAGCAACAGAAAAAAUAACACAAACAUUGCUACAUAUAAACUUCUUGGCACCUUUAUUUAUGGUUCUGCUGUGGGUAAAACCAAUCACUAAGGACUACAUUAUGAGCCCACCAUUGGGCAAAGAGAGCAUUCCUUUAAUGUCAGAAGAUACAUUUGAUACCAUCAGAUUGUGGAUUAUAAUCCUAUUGUGUGUUUUACGGUUGGCUAUGAUGCGUCAUCAUUUACAGGCCUAUCUGAAUUUAGCCCAGAAAAGUGUGGAUCAGAUGAAAAAGGAAGCUGGUAGAAUAAGUAUGGUUGAUUUACAGAAAAUGGUGGCUCGAGUAUUCUAUUAUCUCUGUGUAAUUGCACUGCAGUAUGUUGCACCAUUGGUAAUGCUUCUUCACACAACUCUGCUCUUGAAAACACUAGGUAAUUAUUCUUGGGGCAUCUACCCAGGAUUGAAUUCCGACACUUCAGUAGAAAACAGCCUGCUUCCCAAUUCUGUUUAUUCUGAGUCUCCACCUGCUGAUGGAAAGAAGAAAGUAACUGUAGUACAAAUAACAAUGGCUUUGGGAAGCCUAAAGAAUAUUUUCACUCCUCUCCUGUUCCGGGGACUCCUGUCUUUCCUCACUUGGUGGAUUGCUGCUUGCCUUUUUUCUACAAGCCUUUUUGGUCUCUUCUAUCACCAGUACCUGACUGUGGCAUGAACAAGUCAACUGACAGAGCAAAUGUGAGGUGAGAUUGUAGAUACAAACCCAGGUACCCAAGAGGAGAUGAAGGGAAAACUAUAUAUGUGAAGAGAAAACAUAUCAUAAUUAUUUUUACAGACUUCCUUGGUGUUCUCAGGGUGAAUAAUCUUAAAAUGUUUAAAAUUGCAACUGGGUUUGUUAUUUUUGUUUACCCAAAUGUUAGGAAAAUAAUUCAGUUAUAGUCGUGGGACUGACUGACAUUAUUGUGUUGUUGAUGGUGGUAAGCAUGCUGAAAAGAUGUGACCUCUGAGUACCUUGGUUUCCAUAAACAGCAAGCCAAACUCAAAAAUUUGUUUUUUAGGCAUCAACAGUCACUGUCUGAACUGCAUUUUAAGGGUACUGGACAUAGUGACGGUGGCUAUUGAUUAAGCUGCCUAUUGACUAAGUCUUGAAACUGAGCCAUACAAGUGAAAGGAGAGAGAGGGGAUUUAAAAAAAAUUCUGUUGGACAGCUAUUGAUCACUUUUCUCCUUGGAAAAUUAAAAAAAAUCCAACAGGACAAAAGAGAUACUGUAUAUUACAGUAGGGAAAGUUGUAUAAAAUAUAAAUUUAACAGGAGCCGAUGUGUGUACCUGACAGGUAUUGCUGCCUACAUAUUUUGCAGGAGUGCUUGUGCAGUAAGAAGAGAGUUAUAGCAAAUAUAUUAUUUCAGUCCCUGCAGUCAUUUUGAAGUAAUGGCCAUCUGUAUUGGUGCUAGUAUUGAUCCACACAUUGUGUCUGGAUCUUUUAAAUUUCUUCUUUUGAGGUCAUAGAUAAAUUCCAUUGAAUUUACAAAAGAACAGAAAAUAAUUAGUGACACCAGUCAAACAUUUCAAAACAAAACAGUUUAAUCCUGCUGACUAAUACUGUAUGUAUAUAUGUAAUGUACAUGUAUAUUAUAUAUCAAAUAUAUAAUAUAUAUGAAGGUAUGAAAUAUGGAAUCUUUAUUUUAAAUUCCUGAAUGUAUCUUACAGUGCUAUGGGAGAGGGGUGUAUGUGUAUCUAAUAAUUUCAAGAUUCCCUUUUGAAAUUAAACAUUUAAUUUUUUCUUUUUUUUCUUUUUUUUUUUUCUUUCUGAGUUCAGUUGAAAGGGCUAUUUGGUUUUUGUGCCUCUUUAGAGGUACUUAGCUAUACUAAAGAACAUACACUGUCUUGGAAGUAAAGAUCUACUUAAACUGUUAAUCUUAAAAUUUCUGUUCUGUCAAAUCAUCAUCUUCUGCCACUUUAAUCUGUGCUAACUUGACUACAUAAUGAUAAUUACUAUAUCUUGGCUUCAUAGAUUUUCCGUAUAAUAAAACAGCUAUGUAAUAAGAAAAAUAUCAAAGUAUUAACGUUACAAUUUUUGCUUAACUGGAUAGAUAGAUUCCAGUCAUAAAAUUAUUUACAGUUUUUCAAGUGUUUUGUGUAUUUGCAAAACAGGAAUGGGGAUUUAUAUUCAGUAGCUUUUUUAAACAGUUAAUAUUAAACUUCACAGCGUCAGUGGGUUUUUUUUUUUUGCUAAUACUAGUUGUUUUUAUGUUACUGUUCUUUUUCUCUUGAAUUUGUGUACAGCUUUGCAUAUAAUAAGCAUUUAUAAAUGGAAAAGCUUAACUAAAUUUUUAAUAUGUAGCAAACCUACCAUAUGGGAGAACAAACUCAAUGAAUGCAGAAAAUCAAGAUUUUAAGCUGGUGAUAAACUAUCUUGCUGUGUUGAAAACCUUUUAAGUUAUUUAUUAGUUUAUUAAGUUGCAUUUAUUGGAGAAAGAUUUGUGUACACCAGCCUAGUACCUAUUGCAUGUGUUUGGGAUGUCUGAGAACACCUUGCAUGAUGCUACUGGUUUCAUUGCAGUAUUUCAGUGUGACUGGGACUGCAAGCUUUGUUGUUUUCACACCAACUUUUUGUAAUAGGGACAAUGGCUUAACUGUGAAUUGGCUUAAAGAAUAAUAUUUAACCUCAUAGUUUCAAAUUUCAGGCAUUCCGUGGAAGUAUUUUUCAGAUUAAUAAUUGAAUGACAGAAUAUGACAGGUCGAACAAUACUGCACCCAUUUUCAUACUAGCUCAAGAUAUAUCAUUACUACAAGAUACAUCAUUGCUAACGGAAUUAGUAAGGCCAGCUUUUAGGUUGGAGUUAGGGUGUUCAAUGCCAAUCUUUUGCUCUGAAAAAUAAAACAAUGCAAAACAGUUUGCUUCUGAUAGUGAACUUGCCUGAUGAAGCUCACUAUAUAGGAGAUGUAACCUGUUGUUGAAAUCUGAAGGAUUAAAUUUUGGAUACUUCAGAAUACUUCAAAAUAAUGUUAAGCAACAGUUUUUGCUGGCAUAGUCAUUCUGAAAGCUUAUAAGUAAAAGUGAACUGUAGUUACAUAAUAGUGCAUUCAGCAAAAGUAAUAAGGAUCAUGUAGCUGAACUUCACAAAGCUUUUGCUAAGAGCUCAUGCUGAUUUACUGUUCAGACAUCACACUGAUCACAGUGAAAAAUAAGCACCUAGUGUUGCAAACAUGAAGUUCAGUGCUUCAGACCAUUGUUCUGCAGAAUUGAAUGGUUGGCCUUCUGCUCAGCAGUGAGUGGGAGAUGGUCUUUCUUUGGAUCCAUUUAAUCCUGACAUGAGUCCAGAAGGCUUAUGAAAAAUUAAAAUAUGGUAAUAAAAGCCUUUGAAAUGUGGUGACAAUGAAACCAGAGGGACCAUAUUGCUGAGGUUGUGAGCAGUGCUUCUGGCAAGUAUGUGAUACGAUCAAAAAUAUGUUUUAAAGUAAAGCAGCAACCCUGAUAGUCCUGACUUCCAUAUAUAUUGUGUAAGGUUCAAAGGAAUAUCUGCUUACUUCUGUAGUAAGUUCCUUUGCAGCUGGGAAGUGCUUUGUUUGUUUCAUGGAGACCUUUAUCAGCACCUGGUGAUGGGGGGAAAACAUCCUGCAGAAAUGGAAAAGCAGUAAAAUGUGACUGAAAGGUAGGUAGGUGCUACUCAGGUUUCUUAAACAUUUUGUCUUGCUUUUUGCCCACUACUUAAUAAAAAAAUUGUAGAAUGGUUUGUGUUAGAAUGGAUCUGGAAUGGAUCGCUUUUCACAGACCAGGUUGCUCCAAGCCCCUCAAACAUGGCCUUGAACACAUCCAGAGAUGGGCAGCCACAGCUUCUCUGGGUAACCGUAUCUAGUGCCUCACCACCUUCACAGGCAAGAGUGUCCAUCUAACACCUAAUCUAAAUCUCCCCUCUUCCAGUUUAGAAGUGUUCCCAUUUGUCCUGUCACUCCCUGCCUGUGCAAAAAGUCAUUCUCCCUCCUUUUUAUAAGCCCCCUUUAAGUACUUGGAAGCCACAGUGAGAUCUCCCUUAGUUUCUGAGAGAUUUUAGAAGGAAAUGUUCCUUCGGCAAAGAAUCCAUGUCUGUUUCUUUCUUCUUAAAUUCAGAUCUCCCUUCCUUUCUUGGUGAUGUGACUUCUAUUGCCGAUCUACAGCGCUGUCCCUACAUUCCCUUCUCAGAACCAAGUAGGCUAAAUUUGUUCAAGAUUGUAUUUUGACUUGUGUUUAGUUUAAAUGUAUCUGUUUUUGAAGGAUUAGUUCCUUUAAAUAGUUUAAAUAACUUAAAAUUCCAUCUGAAAUAUGAACAAACUUGUUAACAUUUGUUUAAAGUGUGCACUUUUAUUAUGUGGAUCCCUUUAGACAAAGGGUUAAGACAGUGAAAAAUCCAAGUCUUCCAGCAAUGGAGGUCCAGUCAUAACACUUGGGCUAUUUCUGAGCUAAGAGAAGUUGAUUAAGAAUAGGAGAAUAGAUUAUAGAAAGCCUGUUCUUACACUUGGUAGGUGACAUUUUCAGGCUGCACUUGUCCUCUUUUAAUUCCUUCUCAAGCUAUAGGUUGUACCAGUUUCUGAGGUUUUGUUAGCUGUGCAGUCUUUCCCUCUUCCAGAAUUCUCUUGCAUAAAGGAUCCACAGAUUAAAUAGUAGCAUCAGUACAAGAGAACAUCCUUGUACAGAGGAUACUUACAGAAAGUUAAUUUCUGUUGCAGUUCUUCUCCUCAUUUGGAUCACAAGUACUUCAAGGUGUUUAAACAGUGAUAUGUUCUUCCCUGGAUUGUAAAGUCAAAUUUGUCUUAAGAACAAAAAUGCUACCAAGACAUCAACACAACAUGUAGGCGGCAUAACUCACUCUAUGUAGUGGUUAGCAAGUAUGGAAAUUUCAGCUAACUUUCAAGAAACAAUUCAAAGUGCUGUGCUUCAUUACAGUAACUACACCUAAGUGGUAAUAGGCAUUUUGAAUAUAUCAAAUAGAAAAUUGAACACAUCUGAUCUUAAAGCUGUUGGAAGAUUCUCCAAGGUAAAAGGCCUUAUGUCUCUUUAUUAUCAAAUAUAGCUGUGCUUUUCACAGAGAUAAUUUUUAUCAGUUUUUAAAUAGUACACUUUAUGGUUUUUCUCAUGACACAUUUUGCACAUUAAUUUGUUCGACACAGCCUCUCCACACCUUAACCCCACAGUUAAUUUUGUCACUAUAAAUUUCCUAGAUACUUUUAGUUAAAGAAUUGAGUGCCCAGACAAAAUGGAGACACUGAACAAGUAUGAGGCCAAAGAAAACUGUGUGUUCUCUUGUGUUACGCCUGAGCAAAAUCUUAAUGGAGGAAGGCAACAGCAGGUUACUUUCAUCUUAAAUCAGAUAUUAAAUGUGAAUUAUGAGUAAGACUGUUAUUUUUAACAUCUGCAGCCUAAAUCCCAAAUGGUAAAUAAAGAGCAAUAUUUUGAUGUCACAGAUACCUACUCUAAAGAGCAUCUAGGCAACAUAUUAUUAGAAGCCAGAUGUCUGAUCUCACUAAGUAGGCUGAUUCAGAUUGGUCUGUCUGUGCUUCACAGUGAUUUUAGUGCCUCCUUCUUUGGGAAGGCUUGCCAUGCUUUAUGACCUGUGCAGCACAUACAGUCAUAUGCUGUAUGAUGAAGUAGAUGGCGUGUCUCAUUUGCACUCCUGAAUGCAAGACUGAAAGGUCUUCCUCCUCUAGGUGAGAUCAUGAAGCCAACAUGUCAUUUCCAGGCUGCUUUUUACUGACAUCUGUGUAUGCUGCACUUAACUUUUUCCAGUCUCUCUCACUGUGGACUACCAGGAGGGUAAUAUUGCACUGGAUGUUGUUUUGCAUGCAGUGUAUAUGUAUUUUUAUACCUUUGAUUUCAAUGGUAUUUUUAAUGGAAAUUAUUUUUAAUCCUAAUACUAUGGAUCAUAUUUUCAUUUUUUUAAAAUUAAUAUCGGUGCCUGCAACUAGAAAUCAAAAACUUCUACAUUUUUUUAAGCUUGAUGUUUAAGCUGAAGUAUUAACAGGUAUGCAAUUUUAUAGCGAAGUCCAAAAUCCACCUGUAAAUACCAGAUUUUUCCGUGAGGUUAUACAUCAGUCAAGACCCUUAGAAUUUGUAGUUGCAGCAUUUUUUCUCAACAACCUACUAUCCAUAUGACCCUGCUAUCUAUAAAAUACAUGUCUCAAAAGAGCUUUGAAUAGCUUUUUACAAACUCCUUAGUAGUAAGUCAUUAUUCUUUUAUUGUGCUGCAGUGUAUUUUUAAAAACCUGGCUUAAAAUUCCUGUGCUUAAAGUCAGACUUAUUCUCUCUUCCUCUGUUCAUAGUAACUCUGCCUCCCGUAUUUGUUCUAAGUUUCCAGAAUACAUAUUCACAGUAUUUUUCAUAAAAACAUAGGACAAAGAAAAAGGCACCAAAAAUGGUAUUUCAUAACUGCAGUUCAUACCCAUGUCAUGAUGUGCCAACAGUUUUUAUUUUUCCUAUCUUUGGUCAUUCCUUUGUUCCAUUGUUAGCAGUAUGUAGGGCUUUCUAGGAGGAAUAUACAUGGAAAAAAUUCUGUAAUAGAAGUUACUGAAAGAUGUCUAAUGUUUCAGUCUUCCAUUUAUGUGAGCAAAUAUUAAUACAAAGAUGCUAUUAAAUAAUUUCAGCCUAAAAUUUCUCAUAAGGUAGACAUGUUACAAAUUGCACAGGGAAUAUCUUCCAAGUUGUAAAUAUUUUAGUUUAAAUCUUCUACUUGUUUAAUUGCUGCUGGGAACACACAAAUUCAAUGUUGUUCUUCAGUUAAUAGUCUUUUUUAUUUUUAUCUUUAAGUGAAAAGCACAUAAUACUUUCUACUCUAGAAUAUAGACCUAAGACAAAAAGAUUUCCCUACCUUCAUUUCAGUAUUUGCCAAAUGGAAAAGACUCUGGUGUUAUGUAUGUAAAUUUUAGCUUCCUCUUACUGCUACAAUACUGUAAAAAUAUGAUUUUUAUAGUUACGGCUUUACAAGUACUAAGACUGUCGUGCUUCACAGUGAGGAUGGUGUCAAGUGGUGUUUGCAUUAUAUGGAUCUGAUGUUGCAUUAACUGCUGUUUAAAAACAAAUUGGCUCCUAUACUUUUAAAUAUUCAUCAGGAUCUGUGAUCAGAAGAGCACAACACAAGGUGAAAAAGCUCACAUUGGGGUGUUUUUUUUGGUUGUUUUGGGGGUUUUUUUAGUGGUGUGGAUAAUACUUUGGUACAACUACUACAGCUAAUAAACAACCUCCAGUAAUAUUCUUUUUGUACACUGUAAAGUGCCUAAUUGUGGGUGAUUCUGGUAGCCCUUGAAAUAGGGUUUGCUAUGAAAUUUUUUUUAAUACAUUUUUUGGCUUGUGUAAUGUCCAUGUGUGGUUUUGUGCUGUUACAUAUUGGAAACAAAAUAAGAUUUUGAAGAAAUAUUUUCCAUUCCUCUUACUUAAAUGGUAAUAUAACGAUUUUGCCCAUAUCUGACUGAUAAUUGAACACCCCUAAUUUAAAUUAACACGCCUCCCUCUGCCACCUCUGCAUUGUUUUCUUUAUGACUGAGGGGCAAGUAUUUACAAGAUUUGGAAUGGUUUGACUUACAAAGUUCUGUAGUGACACCUGCGUGUUAAUUGUAGCCCAGGCACGGGGGUGAUUUCAGACAGGUAAGUAGUUCUGCUUGGGCUUAGAAAGGCAACACUGAAGGUUGCUGAAUCCUUAUGGAUUUGGAGCAUAAAGAGUACCAAUUGUGAUACUGCUGACUGACACCAAGCUUCCAAAAGUUACACCUGGUAGAAUUUUGUAGAAUUCUGUUAGAGUAUUCAAUAGUGAAACCACCCUUACUUUAAAACUGCUUGUCCACCUUCAGGAAUUCAAGAGCUGAAGGUAGAACCUGACUGGUUCAGCAAGGACAUUAAAAAAGUGAGGAAACAACAGGCCCAUGCUCCUGAGUUAAUUAUACAUUCUGCAUGUGAAGUGCUUGUAAGUUGAGAUGGUGUUGCUGGUUCAAAUCUACCAAAGGAAGCCUUCUUCUGAGGAAGGCUGGUCACAGCAUGUUGAGCUUUUAGCUCUAAAAAGUGGCUGUAGAAAUCCGUACUGUAUAUAGUACACUGUUUGGGAAAACCUGGUACAGUAAGCUUGCUAAAUAUUUCCUUACGCUAUUUGUAAGAAGUUACAUUACAUUUUUUACUGUAGGGCAUUUAAGAAGCUAGUUUUGCCUUGCUCGUUUUAUAUUAAUAUGAAAAUAAUGAAUUGUCUUUAAAAUGCCUAAAUUUCUUUAACAACAGUAAAUAUCACAAAACUGAAGCAAGGUUAUACUUUCUUAUUCCCUAUUCAUUUUGCUGAAAUGUUAUAGUUUAACUCUGCUUUUAUAAUGCACACAUUAUUAAAAUGAAAUUUAUGUCUAUUAGUUGCUCAUGGUAAUACCACAGCAAAUCUAAGAGAAACUGUGAUAUCUGCUGUUUAUCAAGUGGCUCCAGCUUGCUUACCUUUGUAAAGCAUUAACCCGUGUUGGACAUACAAUGUCUAUUGCAGUACUGUUCCUAUAGUAUUUUAGUAUCCUUACAUGUACUCUGCAUGCCUUGCACUUGUGCAAUGUAAAGAAUUUUACAACCCCAUUAUUUUAUAUAGUAUUUCCCCUGUCCAAAAUAAGACAAUUUCUAAAGCCAAAGAUCAAUAAAUGUUUAUUGUCUACCAGUGUGCUUUUUUUCCUACUUUUCUGAUAUAUACUAGUCUUUUUCAGCUUGCAAAAUCUCCAAAGAGCAUGUAAUAACCAGACUUCAUAUCAUUCUACUAGUCUAAAUUGUUUACUUUUAGAAAUAAUUGAGUAGGCCAUUUAUUCCCCCCUUCUUUUGGGUGCAGCAGAAUAAAUACUUUUUGCAUCUAAAUGUAGGUAGUGUCUUAUUCAUGUGAACAGCAGUUUAAUCACAAGAGAUUUCAUAUGAGUGUUUUCAUUUUUGUGUAUUUCAGAAUUUAAAUUUUUGAGCGAUUUCUAGAGAAAGAUUGGCUGUGCACCAUGAUAAGUGGAGGAAAUUCGGGGUUUUACACUCAAAGGAUUUGUCGCCCUUCCUAGUAGGAAAUCACUUAGAAAGGGGUUGUGUUUGCUUUUUAUAAAAAGAAAUGUACAUGGUCUCUCCUAUUUGCUUUAUCUUAGUAGCACUAAGAAAGAGUAUACUUAAUAAUCUUAGUAAUUUUGUAACCAUCUUGAAUUUGAUUUUUGGAAUGUCAGAUUUGGUUAUGCAUGCAUUUUAUUUAGAUGUGUGCAACAAAUGCAGGUGAAUUAUGCCAAAAUUACUCAAACAGUUCCGUUGGUGUAAAAAAAAAAUCCUUAUGGAAACAUCCUUCUUUAGCCUAAACCCAAAGUGGUACCAAAGACCCCUUCAGCAAUAGCCAUCAGUUGUGUUACAGAAGCAAAGUGUGGCAUGGUGCUGAGAAGAGCCAGGCAUUGACAUUUGGGAUGGGGAUUUGAAAGUCUACAAGGCAUAUAAGCUGUGGGACCCUUCCUGAAAGUGUAACAAUGCUGAGGUUUAAAGUGAUGGUUAAGAGGAAAGAACAGAACUAUAGUGGGAGAUCUGCUUAUGUCUCAGAAGGCAGCUUAGCCUUCUGCUUUUUCCAUGCAGCCUGAAGCUUUAGGCUGCCUUUGGAAUCUACAAUCCCCUGGACUUUGCAGUAGAAAUGUUAAGCCCAAAAUACAACAGUGAAAGCCUUGGCAGUAUGCUUCUGGAAUAAAAGCAAGCCUUGGAUUUCAAGAGUCACAUGAAGUCUUGAUUUGAGUCCACCAGGUCCACACUGUGUAACUCAAAGGACUUAAAAGGUCUUCAGCUGACCUCUGCUCAUGUCGUGUGCAGACAUGCAUGAGUCAGUGUAGUUCCACAGGGAGUACUCAAUUUUUUGAAAUGUUUAUUUUAGCUGAGUAUGUGCAGUGGGAGUGGAAAGCCUGGAAAUAUCCUCCAGACAAUAGGAUAAGCAUCUAGCACCUGUCCUGUGCUGUCUGGUCUAGGUAGGCUGAGAAAAUGUUGAAGGUGUUGCUGAUUUGAUUUGGAUUUUAUGACAAAUUUUCAAAGAAUAUGCAACACAAUUAUUGUUGCUUGCAUUCUUAAUAGGCUAUUACCUGGUGGACUGUGAAAUGGACCAGAAAAUCCCUCUUUUAGAGGAAUAUUCAUGUUCCAUCUAAAUCCAUGUUAAAAGAAAGUAGUUUUUUUUAUAUAUAACUCUGGAGUUGAGAUGAGAGUUUUGCAUUCCAGGGGGUGCAGUACUGAUGAGUCUGAGGGAAGGCCAGCUUUUCAGUUCGUAUGUCUCUACUUAAAGCAGAUAGGAAAAUAAAGAAUUUUUCUCUCUGAAUUAUGAGCUUUACAAGCUACUUUCAGUGGUUCUGGAUAAUCAACCUCUCAUAUCCCUCUCAACUGUCAGAUUUUAAAGCAGCUUUUCAAUAAAUACAACAUUUGUAUGAUUUCCCAAAGUUGUCAUUUCUGUACAGAAAUAUACUGUGUAGAAUUUGUGCAUUGUCAGAAACUAAAAGAACCCAGACUCUCAGCUGGAGUUAGGUUGGUCUUCAAGCAUCAGCAAUGUCCAUUUGCUUCCCAUUCAUCUGGCUUAUAUUGUGAAUAGGACAAACCUUCAAGAUUUGGUCCUAUAAUCUGUUUUUUUCUUUGAGUGAAGUAUUGGUAUCAGCCUGAUAAGAAGAGUAGAAUACAAAAAUCUUCAGCCCUGACAUCUGUAUCUUUUCUGGAUUGCCAUUUCCUCUUUCUCCAUAGAGUGGGAUUUAGCUGUUGCUGCCAUUUCACAGACAUCAUGAGCUCACAGAAUUGGUAAAAGGGACAUAGGGAGGGACAUCAGCUGAGUUAUAUAUCAAGGAAUUUAGGCUGCGAUUUACAAAAUGAAAACAGUUGUUCUGGACAGGGAUUUGUUUUCCACAGGAAACUACGAUGUGCUUAUCUGUCAUUUCAAUGCAUGCUGCUAGACAUUCUUAUGAGGAAUAAGUGUUACUGAAAAACACAAGGGCCAAGCUGAUCAUAUUGUGUACUGCAGAACAAGUGGACUGAUGCUGUAAAAUCGCAGGAUGAGGUGGUGUGUAUUGUUUUUCAUGUGAGAACCUGGGAAAACUACGGCACCAGGGAUCAACAAAUAAACUACUAUUUAAUCAAUUUCUAUUCUUAGGCUUGGAAUUUUGGAACUUUUGGAUUGGCACCACUGUGGCUGGUUUGCCACACUAAAGGCACAAAUCUAAUUCUUUAAAACAGACUGUGCAUUGUCACUUUUUUUAUACUGCAUUGCUUUUAAUGCUUUCAAAAUGUUUUAGUGGUAAAAGAUCUUAAAAUUUUGCUGGCAUCUAGUAAAAAAGUAAUAUAAAAUUGAAAAUAAAUAUAAAGUAAGGUAACACAAAAGUUUUGCUCUGUCUAAAGACUGCUAUCUUAAAAGGCAACCAUCCUGUGAAAAUCCAUUUUCUAAAUGCUGCUGAAUUCUCCUCCAUUGACCACAGUUUUUAGCUGAGGAGUGUUUCUUUCAGUGGAGCAACUUCCAAAUGUGUCAGACACGGUGGGCAGGCAGCCCAGGCACAUGCUUACCAUUUCUCUUUGCAUCCUAUAUACCUUGGUCGUCCUCUCCCACAAAAAGGUCCACCAGGCACAAAUGCUCCUACAUGAAUCUGUAAUUACAGAUUUGCAAAACUAUUACUCACCCUGUGUAUACUCAUACAAAAUAGUACUGUGUUUAUGGUCUUUUCAUACCCCCCCUUAUGCUACCCCCCCCCCCCCCAAGAUAAUCACCUCUCAUGUGCUAAUUAGGCAGCCUUAUUUAUGUAAAUCACAAUUAACUUGUUUUGCAACAACUUUGCAGCUCUGAUUCUUACCUGGAUAUUUGAAAAUUCUCAGCUCCUUUUAGACAGUACUAAUUGCAAAACAAUUGUUUCCCAUUUUUUUGUAUGUAUAUGUGUUUUUAUUUUUAUUAAGUGUAGUACUUACCACUUUGUUAUGUUUCUUUUUAAAGAAAUACUAAUUUUAGACCAUUUCUCCAAUGCACCAAAGUUACUUCAAACUAAUUUUA